AAUUUCUGAACGAGAGAGAGAGUCCCACGUAAAAUCCAGAGCAAAGUCAGUGAAAUCAACGGUUAUAGGCGGCAGUGGUGAGUGUGAGCAGUUAGUUGAUUGUAGAGAAUCUGAGAAAGAAGGCAACAAUGGUGGUGGUCUCUGCUACUACUUUUAACAAAGAGAUUGCUAUCAGAAGAAGAAUCUCCAGCAUAUUCAAUAAAAGGGAAGAUGAUUUUCCUUCCUUGAGAGAAUACAAUGAUUACUUGGAGGAAGUAGAGGACAUGACUACAAAUUUGAUUGAAGGAAUAGAUGCCCCUGCUAUUGAAGCAAAAAUUGCAAAAUAUCAGGAAGAAAAUGCUGAACAGAUAAUGAUUAAUCGAGCUCGAAAGGCUGAAGAAUUAGCAGCAGCUAUGGCAGCAAGCAAGGGACAACCUGUACAGACAGAUACUGAUGGGGCCACAAGCCAGAGCUCUCAAGCUGGGAUUGGUGCUGGUGCACCAGGACACUAUGCACCUACAGUUCCUGGAGGGCAGCCACGGCCAACCGGCAUGGCCCCACAGCCGAUUCCAGUUGGAGUUGGUCCUGAAGGGUAUGCUGCUGAUGAUGAAGAAAUGAUGAAGCUACGAGCACAGAGAGGUGGGAAGGCAGGAGGGUGGAGUAUAGAACUAAGCAAGAGAAGGGCAAUUGAGGAAGCCUUUGGAAGCAUUUGGAUUUGAUUUUGUAGACGAGUAACUUCCUACUUCUGCCUCUGCUGCUCAAAACUUGAGCAUUUUCCAUCCGAAGAUGCUUUGGUCAUGAGUGGAAUGUGAAAUAUAGGUCAUAUUUGUAUCAAAAGAUAGGGUAUUAUGCACAUUGAUGCAGCAUUUAGGUGACUUAAUAUGGAUUUGUGAGGUUUUUUGGUUGUAGAGAAAAAUGAAUUUAAGGCUUCAUCUGUUCAAUGAAAGGUGUAACGUGAGAAGGAAAUAAGUUGAUUGAUAGAUCAGCUUUGCCAUUUGAGAAUGUAAUAUUUUUCAGCUGUAUGGUAGGAGAACAGAACUUGGGUUAUUACUGGCAAAAUUCUUAAAAAUUUCCUUAAGAAAGGGGGAAAACUAUUUUCAUUA